CUCGUAGGAGAAGCCAAGGGGGAAGUUGGAGAGCAGCUCGGUUUCUUCGCAGGGUAGGGCAGGGCAGGGCAGGGCAGGGAUGGCUCGGCCGCCGGCCCGCUCGGAUCUUCGUAGCGGCAGAAAGGAAAAGGGACUCCAGCGGUUGGUCCCGGCGCCGGGGAGCAGUAGGUGAAAAGGACUCAGGAACAAGAAUAAGAGCAGAGCUGAGUUGGGUUCCAGUGUGAUGUGUGGCCUGCGCAGCUGUGGCACUCUUCUCCCGGGGAAGAAAGGCAGCUGAGACUUGCUGGUGGACAUGGCAGGCUGGUUCAAGACAUUGCUGCAGAAACCCAAGAAGCCAGACGCCUCAAAUGGUAUUCCUGGGUGUUCUCCUUCCUCGCCUUCACCUCCCGUGCAGAAAAGUCCUAGUUCGCUUCCUCGGAGCUUGACCAGCAGCCCCAAACUGGGUUCCUCUAUCACCCGGAUUGUGAGCAAUUCUGACAGUGCCCGAUGGAGCAAGUUAUACGAUGUCUGCAUUUGUCACAGCGAGGGCGACCUUGAGUUUGUGGAAGAGCUGGUGGCCUACUUGGAGAAGCAGCCCGAAUGUUUCCGUUGCUUUCUUCAGCUGCGGGACUCUGUUCCAGGUGGGGCUGUGGUGACAGAGCUGUGCAACGCCGUCCAGAACAGCCAUUGUUGGGUGCUGUUGAUCACACCCAACUUCCUAAAGGAUCCUUGGUGUUGCUAUCAGAUGCACCACGCCUUGACCGAGGCACCCAUGGCAAAUGGGCGUACCAUCCCUGUGCUGAAGGAUAUAGACCGCAAGGAUUACCCCAGGGAACUCCGAUGCAUUUACUACAUCAGCGUGGUGCUCCAGGAGAACAGUUUCCGACAAAUCAAAGAGACGAUCCUGCGUUAUCUCCUGGACUUUUGUCAAAAAACAAGAAGCAAAGACUAACUGCACUUUUGGAUG